AUGCCGUCCUGGUCAGUACAGCUUCCCGGCCGGCAACCUGUUACCAGCCCCACGGAAAAUUCAACUCAGUUUUCUGAUGCAUGCCCCUCGACGAAACUGCAGGCUCGUGCUGGAAGCCCUGACUUGUCACACCAAGUUGCAGAGCUUCCAUGUCAACCGGGACAUUACUUGCCCGGCAUCCAUUUGCAGAAAGAACCAUCUGCGCUGGCGGCAGCAACAGUAGAUGAUCCAAAUCAAGGUGAUUGCCAGGUGGAGAGACUACAUUCCCCCCUCUCUGAGCACAGGUUAAAGUGCUGUAUAGAAGAGGGAGCUAGUUCCGCAAGGAAGACUUUGCAAACGGCAGCAAGAAGCAGAGAUGCUGCACGUGGAACGAAAACCAGCCCCCACGCGCCUGACCGAAGAAUGCAGAUGAACGGCGACACUAGACUGCUCCGCCAUGAAGCCGUGAGAGAUGGGCGGCACAUAGAGCGAGGGCGCAGUCAAGAUAAGCGGAAGCAACUGUUGUCAUCAAUUGGGCACAAGGGGUCUCAGAGAGAUAACUUGCAAGUGCAUGCCCACUGCCCUGGAGCAAUCGAAAAGAUGGCGUCCGACGUAAGCUCGGACGAAAAUGAUGCUAAGCGUCUUGGACAGGUUCGCACAACCGGACUGCGGCUCCGAUGUUCGUCAACACAUCACCGGCACAGUGAAGGUGCUGGCCUUCAGAGCUGUGAAGUGCACUCCUGUGGACCUCCUCAUGACAUGAAACAUAUCAGGUGCAUGCCCGAUUCGCACCAACCGUUCAUGGGCGCGACGAGCGCCAACGGCUUAUCGAGCGGCAAGCGACAAACGUCUCAGCGUUGGUAUGGAAAAGGCCAACAACAAAAUGGAGUUUGUCGAAGCCAGGAAAGCAGAAGGGAUGGGCAGGGGGAGCACCCGCCUUUGCAUCCAGCGAAUUUCCCUGCGCUCCCACGAGCGCGGAAGAGAGGGUUCAAUACAGGGUCGGAAAAAUCGAUCAAAGGGAGCGUACCAGUGCCCACACUAGCUGGUAAGGCGUGGGCGAAGAAACUCUCUUCGGUCGUCUGA